CACUGACCGUUCGACCUCAACGGGCUUGUGGCGCAUCUGCGACACACCUGCUCUUUCCUGCACCGAACGUUGAGCUCCAUCGGCCCGAUACCGCUAUACGCUUGUGCUUAUCUUUGCAGCCGCGGAGAGACGAUCAGACGAACGCCCCUGAACCGGGGGAGCGAAAAACUGCGGAGAAAAGAAAAGAACCGAGACGAAAAAGCAGCCACCGCAUUCCGAUCCCUCAUCACCACCAACUCCAUGUCUCGGUCCUUCACCGGGUGCAAGCGAUGUAAAGCCCGGCGGCAGAAAUGCGACGAGCAGCGGCCUAGUUGUGGCCGAUGCAUGACGGCGGGCACGCAAUGUCGCUAUGCCAUGCAGCUACAGUGGGGAGGCCGGGCCUUUUCGCGCUCAAGGUUCGGGGCCUGCGUGGGAACUGGAGGCAUGCAAAAACUGGAAUACUCUCCCGGAGAAUUCAUCUACACCACCAAAUCUUCUGCUGCGGUGCUCCCGGGCACAACGACUCCGACCGAGUCCACCACCUUGGUCCGCCAUAUCGAUCCCUUUGCCUCCCUGAGUACCGACCAGAAGUCGCUUCUUCACCACUUCCUCAACGAUGCCUCUCAGAUCACAGCGUGCCACUCAGGCAUGCAGCGCGAUAUCUGCAAGAUGCUGGUCCCCAUGGCCCUCCAGACCCCAUCCCUCCUCUACGCCACCAUGGCCCUCUCCGCAAUCCACCUACAAGCGCUACACAACCAAUCCGAGAACGUCAAGUCCGCGCCCGAAAUCGCACGCUUCAUGGCUCUCAGCUUGGAACAUUUCAGGAAGGAACUACAGAAUCCCGCAAGCAAGGGUUCCGAUGCGCUGCUUGCGACCGCGCGAACCCUCUGUCUAGCUGAGAUUCAUUCCGGCGCUAUUCACCCCAAUUCCUGGCGCGCUCAUAUCGAGGGAGCCAGGGCCCUCAUGGAAGCCUCGGCUAAUAGCGGGGCACUGUCGCCCAAGUCGCCGGAGGGGUUCCGAAGGUACCUCGACCGGUGGUAUCGGUCAAUCGUGUCGCUCACAGCAUUGACGGGAAAUGGGCCGCCAAUUGGUGAGCCAACAGAUCAGAUGUGCGCGAGUGGGCCAGGCCAGUCGGCGUCGCCAGACUAUUUGGAUGAUUACUGGGGCUUCACGGUCAACCUGGCGACGAUUUUCCGGAAGAUUGGGGCUGUGGCGUGGCGAGAGCAUCAGAGUCGGAACCAGAGCCAGGAAGAAGAUGCAAGCGCUGUCCAUGGGAAUGAGAUUAGCAUGCACAACGAAGCGGCAGCGCUAGAGUCCUCCCUUCGCCAUCUCAUGGAACAAGAGGUUGCCUCGCACCCCGCAUUCUACCCAGGGGUAGUGGAGGGUCUUUCGGCGGAGUGCAUUCAACAACUGAUGCUCUGCAACGAGGCGUUCCAGCUCAGUGCACUGAUCCAGAUCCAUCGUCGACUGCGCAAGACGCACGUGUCUGCGCCGGUGGUUCAGGACUCGGUCAAGAGGAUCCUCGAAUGCACGGCCCAGAUCGGGCCAUCGCCAGGACUAAGCCCGUGGGUCAUGCUCACGACGCCGUUAUUUAUCGCCGGGUGCGAGGCACGGGGCGAGGACCGCGAACGGGUGCGACAAUUACUAUCCUCCCUACACGACACCAUCCGGGUACCGAAUGUGCUGCAGUCGUUGAAAUUCCUCGAACAAUAUUGGGGGAAUCAGCUGGAUGAGAACGAGGGAUGGAGUCAAUAUCUAGAUCGGAUGCGAUUCGAUUUUAUCCCGUAUUAGGGAUUCUUCUUAGACGAGGAUAUGUUUUAUGUGCGUUAUGAGCAGAGCGUUGGUCGGUGUGCAUUUAUACUUCUUCUUUUUCUUAUUCGUGUGAUUACACCGGCAGAGUAGGCGUUAUACUUAUCGGAGCAUGAAAUAUUUCCAUAUACACGGCGUUGGAGGUUAUCUAGCGAUAAAUCGAUCCUACUUUCCUAUCCUAUCUUAUAUAAAUACCUCGCAAUCUACAAAGUACAUACUGC